AUGACGACCGAAGAAAAGAUUAACAACUUAAAUGAAGAUUUAGAAGAAUUAAACACCUUACUGUUAUCAGUUAAAAGAGAAAAUGUGAAGGCAAAAAUACAACAAUGUAUUGAGAAUAUUAAUGGAGAAAUAAUGAAAUUAAAAAUUAAUAAAAAUCAAAUGCCAAACAAAAUUACUGAUACAAAAGUUCAAUUAAACGAUCCUAUUGUUUCAUAUAAUUCCGUUCAAUCAUUUGCUUGGAAUCAAGAAAGAAAUAAAGUGACUAUAUUUUUAACUGUUAAGAAUGUGCAUACUGUAGGAGAAGAAAAAAUUUCAACUAUAUUUGAAGAAAGAUCAUUUGAAAUAAAAAUGAAUGAUGUAGAUAAAAAACAUUAUCGUUUUUGUAUUAAAAAAUUGUGUGAUAAAAUUAUACCAAAUAAAUGUUCAUUCAAAGUAAAAAAAGAUACUGUACAUGUCACUUUAAUAAAACAAGAAAACAAACACUGGGAUAAUCUACAUUUUAAAGAAUCACCAAUGUCUAAAAUAAAACCUCCACGUAUGGAUGAACAAACAGAACCAUCAGCUAUGUUAAUGAAUAUGAUGAAACAAUUAUAUCAAGAGGGAGAUAGUGAUAUGAAAAGAACCAUAGCCAAAGCUUGGUGUGAAGCUAACGAAAAAAAAUCUGACUUUUCUGUACCAAAUUUUUAG